AUGAAAAAUAUUAGAUAUAAGGAGAGGUCUAAGAGAUUUAAAACACCAAAUCCUUAUCUGUACACAAAGCUUCCAGAUGCUCAUACAAUUAUGCCAAUUUUUUUCCUGCCGAAAUCAGAUGAUUGCAAUGCCUCUGAAAUAAAAAAGUUGCAAGUGAAAAAGUCGGAAUCAGUUAUUCGAAAUAAAUUUGAGAUUAAAUUGCCGAUUUUAUCAAUUGAAGAAAACAAGAUAAUUGAGAAAAUUAUUGGAUCAAGUCCAAAAGAAUUCAAAGUAGAGCCUAAAGAUGAUGGUCUAAGAAACCUCGCUGGAAAAUCUUUUGACAGUAGCAGUAGACAAAUUAUGGUUGAGUUUAUUCCAGAGAAAAAUGAUUUUGGGGUAAAUAUAUCAAAAUCAGUCAAAUUACAGCCUAUUAUUCCUAUUCUACCAAGUAAAAAGACUAUCAAGUAUUUCAAUCAGCCAGUAAGAUCCAUUUCUUUUAAAAGAGAAAGAUUAUCAAACUCAAAUGGAAUUUUUGUAGUCUUAUAG